AUGGCUACUGGCACCGGGGACUUCUCCGUCUGCAUCCACCAGAAUCACCUCCACACCGAAUCUCUUCCUCUAAUCGACCUCCGUUAUCUUUCCCAAUCCGAACUCCUCUCCCUCUCCUUUUGUUCCUCCUCCUCCUCUCUCCACCGUCUCCACACCGACACCGCCGACGUCUCCACCCCUAAAAUCGAUCGUUCUGUCUUCAACGAAUCUGCUGGAAGCCGCAAACAAACUUUCUCCCGCCUCCGCCUCGCUCCUCGCAACAGCAACGCUUCCUCUUCUUCGAAUUCAACUCCUGCUGUUCCCUUUCAAUAUACUGAGCGACAACCUCUCGAUGAAGAGAAUUCACAGAUAAUUUCUCGUCUCAAGUCGCUGUUUGGUUCUGACUCUCACUCUACUGAAAAUAAGAAUGAGGAUUAUCAUAACCUAGUCUCCGUUCCUGUUAUCUAUAAUGAAUAUAUGCGUUUGCCUUUUGCAAAUAAUGCGGAAUCGCAAAAUGUUUCAACCAGCAUCGGCGAUUCUAAUCAAGGAGUAAAAAGAAUAGAGGUAAAUCAUUUGAUUUCCACUCGAAUUGCUGAAUCUAGUUCAAAGAAGAGGAAGCGAGGCCGGCCACGGAAGAAUGAGAAUGUCAAUUUCGAUAAUAAUGAGUUAGUCGUGAGGGAAAAAACUGAGAAUAAGACGAUUGCUGUUAUGUGGGGCAAUGUGGAAGUGGAGAAUAAGAAGAAAGAGGAGAUGGUGACUAAGAAUGGAGCGGUGGUAGACUUUGUGGCAUUGGGAAAUAUGGAGGAUCCGUAUGGGGAGGAGUUGCGGAGGAGGACGGAGGGAAUGCAAUUGAAGGCAGAAUUUUUAGGGUUUUUGGAAGGGUUCGAGGGUGAAUGGGGGAGUACGAGAAAGAAGAGGAGGAUUGUGGAUGCUAGCAUGUUUGGGGAUGCGCUUCCGAUUGGGUGGAAGCUCUCUAUUUGCAUCAAGAAGCAAGCUGGUCGUGUUUGGUUGGCUUGUACAAGAUACAUAAGCCCUAACGGGCAGCAGUUUGUGUCCUGCAAGGAAGUUUCAUCAUAUUUGCUUUCCUUUUCUGGAUUUCAUGAUGUAAGCCGGUCGAAUUCUGGUCACAUGGAUGGCAGGAUUAAGUUGACCGACAAAAUAACUUCUUCCAUUUCUGCAGAUCAUACUCAUAAAGAUGGCAAGAAUGAGAAUGAUUUUAUUAGCUAUAAGGCAUUGCCUGUCACCUCAAGAUCUAUUGAAACAGGAGGGUGUCCUGGGGAGGUUCAAAAGGGGAUGAAGUAUAAAUGCCACAAGUGCACUACAGCUUUUGAUAAGCAGGAUGACUUGCUACAGCACUUGCUGUCAUCCCAUCAGCGGGCUCCAAAACGGCUUAGUGGGGCAUCAACAAAUGAAGAGGUGAUAAUAAAAAAUGGAAAGUAUGAAUGUCAAUUUUGUUCUAAACUUUUUGAAGAAAGGCAUCGGUUCAAUGGCCAUCUUGGGAACCACAUAAAAGAUUAUCUUAAGAGACUUGAUGCUUCCAGUGGCAUAACCGCUCAAAAGAGUGAUGAACCUGCAUCGGUUGAAAUUCCUCCUGGAGCUGUGAAGAUCCAAACAUCAAUUGACAUUGACAGGGAUUCAGAUGCAAUAACUUCGAACACUAAAACCAAUGAUGAAAUUAAUUCCACCGUUCCAUAUUGUGAAAUGAAGGAAAAUACUUCUGUAGAAACCUAUUGUGGUAAGCAGGACAGAGUUUUUAAUAUUAGCAAUGAUGAAGUGGGGAAGAUGAAUGAAGUUACUGACAUUCUUGGUGCUGAAAAUAGUGUUUGUUCUGAACCAGCCUUGUUGAAUAAUGAGAAUAAUGCUAUUCAUAGAUCUCUUGAUGAAACAGAUGCUCCCAAGUGCUCCACCAACAGUAUCAAUGAUCUUGGUAGGGAGGAUAAAAGCCUUAAAAACCAUUCAUUUGCUGGUGGUGUAAAUAACCUGACUUGUAUUGGUUACAGCAAUUUGAAUCAGGCACCUUCUAGCUUAAUUGAGGAACUCAAUCUGGAGAGAGGUUCCAAUAGUGGUUUACUUGCUCCAAAUGUUAAGGAGAACACAUUUAAUGAUUACAUUAUUGAGGGUAGAUGUUCUAUUGCAAUUGAUAACAUGGUAAUUGACGAUCGGGAUACAGAUGGAAAAGGUGAGCCAAUAACUGGUUGUUGCGCUGCAAUGGUAGAGAAUGCUACUGCUAACUUGAAGGAGCAAACAAGUUCUGAAGGCUGUUCUGUUGCAGAUAACAAGACAGGGCUUUUAACUCCCAAUGUGGUGGAAACCAUGCUGGAAAAAGCUUCUAAAGGAGGUUUAACAGGUACGAACAACAUGAACAGUGUUUGUACUAGCAUUUUAAAUGAGAGGAAAUUAGACGAUGAGGGUAAGUCUGGGAAUAAUGAGUUAACAGUUGAUUGUCGUGCCAAUAGCACUGUACUGGUCGAUGAUAAUGUGGCCAGCAAUGAACAGGGGAGACAUCAUGGGGACUGCUCAGUUAUUCCAUUUUUGAAUGAGCAGAUGCAUCUUAUUGAAGCUAAUAUUACUGGGACUCCUAAAUGCACAAUAAGAGAACCCUGUCAAGAAAAGGAAUCUGAAGGUGGCCUGUUUGCUAUAUCUGGUAAUGAGCAAUCAUUUGAUUUAAAAGGUAAUGCAAUUACGGUUUCUAAUGGCACAAUAAAUGUGGCCAAGCACAAUGAAGUCCUAUGCCUUAAGAACAAUGAGUUUGGCAGUGAGAUUGAUCCAGCUGUGCAAACUUCAACUAAUAUGAAGCAGGAAAGAAAGAACAUUUUUCCAUUUGCUCCGUCUACAAAUGGAGUAACAUUUGGUUCAAAAGACUAUGGUAUCUGCAAUGGCACAUUCGAGAAGCUUAGGCAGGGUAGAAAUUCUGGACAUAGACCAUCUCACAAUGAGCAAUCCUGUGAUAAUGAGAAUACUGUGAAUGGCUUAUCAUGUACCACGGUGGAGGAAGACAAACACCAGGAAGCUAAAACCUCUUGCAAUAGAGAGCUAUGCAUUGCUUUGGGUGACAAUCGCUCUGAACAGGAUGCAGAUGUUCUGACAAGCACCGUGCAAGAAAGUUGUUUUCUUUUUGCGAGGAAUCAGCACACAUUCACUGUUAAUGAUAAUGCAACUGAUACCUACAGUGGCACUGUGGAUGAGCUGAAGCAGAAAAUGGAUUCUGUAGAGAGUGUACUUUGUCUAUCUGGCAGUGAGCCAGUGCAGAGUGUUGAAAAGAGUUUGAAAACACCAUUUAGAGGGUCAGUUCAGGAGGAACCAAAGGUAGAGAACUCAGAAAAUCCUAGGAAGGAUGAUUCAGGGAUUGGUUUUAGUGGCCACCCUGGACCAAAUGAAAGUGUUGUAUCUGAGUUUAUGUGGAGAAAUGAUGAAGAAAAUAACCUGCUAAGUGAAUUUGCUGAUACUUCCUGUCGACCAGUCCAAGCAUCAGGCUUUAUUCCACCGUAUGAUGCAGUGUCAGAGAAGGGCGAAAGUAAACUUUUUGGGGAGAAAUUUGGUGCCAUAUCAGAUUUUGAAGGGCUGAAAUCGGGAGGCAUGGAAAAUAUGGAAUAUAAUCAUCUGACUUCUCAAGUAAGCUCUCAUCCAGGUGAAUCCAAGGUUGUUUCAUAUGAUGCAGUUACACCUCAAGGGUUUGAUUCAUCUGUUUGGCUUGAGAAGGAAGAUUUGCCUUUUUUGCCAAAGAAUGCAAGCAGGCACCAUGUUCCUGCUGUUUGUGUCUGGUGUGGAAGGGAGAUUUGUCAGGAGGCUUUUGAAUCUGAAGGAGAAGCAAGCACAAUGGGUUUUAUGUGUGCAGAGUGUUCUGCCAAGUUGCCCGGGCAAUUCAAUGUAUAG